AUGCGGUCUGCUCUGGCAAGAGCCUUGGCUGGCUCCCGCCUCUCCUCUUACGACCCUGCCGUACAGCAGAUCUACACGGCACCCGCCGCAAGCCAAGUGCGCGGCGAUUUCGGUUUCAAGAGGCCUCUGCCUACGGUCGACAAGACCCCAGGAACGAUUCGAUAUGUCGAAGUGCAAGGAAUGGACGAUGUGGGAGGACAAACACGAUGGGCAGAGAACGAGCAGGAAGUGCUUCUAAAGAAAACAUGGCAAGAGACCAGUUCCCGUCUGAGCUUGGGCGCAAGCAUCAAUUCGCGAGCUGGCAUUUUGGGUCCGAGGUUGUCCAGCAGGUACGACCUGGCCACCAUCCGGCCAUUGCCAUCGGACGUUGAAGCAAACAAGUCACUGUCGCCCGAGGAACGUGAGCAGCGCUUGUUCGAAGCCAGGGACGGAGAAUGCCCGCGAUACUCGAUCGACGACCCCGUCUACAAGCACACCCAAGCUUUGGACCCGUUCGACAAAGCUGGCCCGCUCUACUCCAGCCGAGUUUCUAUGCCGGAAGAUAUUCACCUCAUGUCAGAGAAGGAAUUCGAGCGGCACUUGGGCAAGAUCAGGAAACAACGAGCGGCGUAUCUGGAGUCUCACCGCGUUCAAUUGCGCAGGAGAGCACAACAACAUGCGUGGGACCAAUAUGAUCAACACCGCAAACGCAUCGCCUCUGAGGCCACGAUUUUGGCUUCUCGAGGAGAGCAACCGCCAGAGAUUCCACCAGAAAAGAAUUUGGAAGAGAUUCCCGUCCCAGAAGUGGGUGAGGUGGAUGCCUGGAACCUGAGUCGCGGAGCAGACAGAGUGAGCUGGUCUCGUUGGCUCGAGCGUCAGACUGAACUGGCGCUCGCUGGGCCCCACGCAACCCAACUCAAUCCAAGAGGCACCCCAAGAUACGUCGUGCGCGACAUUAGAAAUUCGGAUUCGUCUGCAGCGCGUCAGCCUCCGCGAAAUCCAAUGCACCCUCUCGGCGGUCUUCAGUACGGGCAACCGGACAAGAUUCAAACUGCCCUUCUGGCCUCUCCAAUACCCGGAAGGCUGAUCAACUCGAUGCAGUCGGGCAGCAGUAUUACUGGCAACCCUUCACGUGCGCGGGGCGGCAGGGCCGAUGGAUUCGCGCUGGGAGUUGGAGGACGCAUCGCAAAGCUGCCCAAGGUGCACGUUGAUGAAGGAGUCAAAGGUGUGGACUUCAACAAAGCAGAACCUAGCCAGGGCGAGCUUGGCGUUCGCAUCUUCGAGGCGACCGUUAGUCGAACAAACGACCGAGAUGCGGUCGGACUCAGAAAGCAUAGUCGUUUGACCAACGAAGCGCUUGGUUUUAUCAACAUGACGGCUAGAGCGGCGGAUCAUGCCAUUGGAACAAAGUUGUCCAUCGGCGUGCCGGGAAGCAGGGAAUGGGUGGGUCAGGUAGAUGGAAACUCGCGUUAUGUCUCAGUUGCGGACAUUGCGGACCAAGGAGCACCUGGAGGCAUGUACAGCGAGGGAGAGCAGGGAAGAGCGAAUGCCAGGCAGGCCAGGGCUAGAAGUCAUCGAAGAGGAAGAAGAGCAAUCGAAGAUGACACGUCUAGGCUGCUCGACUCUCUGUACGAGCGCCGAUAG